AUGUCGAUCGACAAAGAGAACAAGAAGACCUCAGAGGAGCUGGCGGAAGAGGCCGCUAUCCAGCAGGCCAUGAUGGCGGAUUUGGGAAUCGGCCGCCUGGACGAACUUCCCGUCGAUGACGGCGAGUUGGCAGCCAUGAAUAAAAAGAAGGGAGGCGGAAAGAAUGGCCGACAUGGUCGGGGUGACCGGGGCGACCGCGAGCCCAGACAAGAGUAUAUUCGUCGGCCCCAAAUCCAGAAUGAUGCGCUUGUAGCGAGGGGCGCGAAGAUGUCGAAUGUUUGGCAGGAUGCCAUUGCGUCCGGCGUCUUCGAGGAUGAUGACGCUGCCGCGGUCAAAGGGCUUGCUGAUCUAGGAGGUCCUCGCCUUCACGAGCUGAAGGCAGAGGCCAAGAGAAAGGCGACGGUUUUGCUGAAAUAUCAGGAGAGCCAGAGCCGCAAUAACCUUCAUCCCUAUGCGAUCCGAAGUCAGAUGUCUCCGGCCCAGGAGCCACAUCACUCGUUUUCGCACGUUCAGCAAAUUGUCAAGAGCGGGUCGCCGUUCGUAAGCAACCGCAACCGCAAGCAGAAGAUGUCCAGCUCCAGAAAUGCCGGUCCAUCCCGGCUCCCAUCAGCGUCUGUCCACCUCCGGCAGCCGUCAGAGUCUGCUCCCCUUCGCCAAUCGGUUUCGAGCCCGUUCCCAGGCCCCUCCAAGAUUGUGCAGCAAGCUCCUAGACACGUCCCAGUCCCGCCAUCCCAAUAUGGUGGCCACCAACAUGUCGCCAACCCUCCCCACAUGGUCGCUCGGGCAGAGGUUCUCCUCAACCCACCUGGAAGAAAUCAGCCGUUGCCUGCCAUUGUCUUCUUGACAGUGGCUCCAGCUCCCACACUGGGCUUCUGCAUGAUGUUUGCCGAAAACAAACUAUUCGUUCAGUUCACCAUUGCCGAAUAUCAGGACUUUGUCUCAAGCGACCUGACCCUCUCUCUUCAUUUUGGACAGAACGUUCUGUAUUUCGGCCUGACUUUCAGUACCGCUGGUGAGCUUGAGAGUUUUCUCAAAGUUUUGAGAGGCCUCAAAGCUGGCAAAUAUGCCGUGGGGGCUUUUGAAACCUCUGGGCAGAAGCCUGCCCCAGAGCCAUCGGUUGCCCUCAAGCCAUCGAUUGCACCUCAGCCGCCGGUUACUCCAGCAAACGCUGCUCCCGCGAACGAAAACACCAUUGUGAUUCGUUUACCCCCGGUCAAGCCACAAGCUAGCGCGUCCAAUAACAGGGCGGUGCAGUACGCUUCUCGGUUCAUCACGGGCGAAGCCAGCAGCACGCGCCAACACGAUGACGAGUCGGAGCUCAAAGCGACACAAGGUGUCCUUAUCAAUGUCGAGGGGAAGGACACCAGUCCGGUCCUACAGUGUGGAAGUUCGGAGGCAUCGGCACUGCUCUCGACCUUGGAGCCAUACAGCAACGAAGAUGCCUUGGAGGUGGCGCCUGCUGUGACUUCGCGCGGCCACGACAUCAGCAGAACCAGCACGCCGGUAGAGAAUGAUGCUUUGACACGCGAAACAGUCAGGCUAUCAGUGCCUGAUGCAGUUGCCAUGCUCCGAAACAUGCUCACGGCUUUUCUCAGGAAGAAGGCUGGCGGGAAGACCAAGCGGGAGAUUACCGCAACUGUUGAAGGUAUCCGCGAAGCAUUCAUCGAUGUGGUCUGCCAGGACCACACCAAGUCCGAGCGAAAAGAGGUAGUCGCACAGAUAGAGGACUAUCUCAACUCCUCUGCAGUGGCGUUUGUCAAGCCCCGUCGUCUUCAGUAUACGAAUGAAGAGAUGAUGGCCAUGAAGGACUCCCAGGUCCAACCCCCGGCCUGGUUGGCAGAUGUCCCGUAUCUACACGGCAAAGAUGGGGCUCCCACACUCCCUGUUGACGGUAUUGACACGAAGGAGUACAUCCGGAAGUCCAUCAUUGGUAUGGACUGGGUGUUGGGGAAAGCAGAGUCAUCCGCUGCCACAACUCAAAAGCAGCCUAUGACUAUCGCCAAAACGGAGUCGUCCGUGGCCGUGGAGGACAUUUCACCGCAGGCAUCAGCUGCCGCCUUGAAGCCAGUCCAGGCCCCUGUGAAGCCCAUGGCUGAAUAUCGAAAACCCGAUGCUGGACUUGGUGCCUCACGGUGGUCCUCGACCAUGGAUGCCCCCAUUCAAAACAGAAAUGCUUUCACGGGACUCCCGUACGAAAAGCGCUGGAAAGAGGGUAGCUAUUUCCACGACCUCGCUCAGCUUGACCCAGAGACCAGGAUUGACGAGGCUGAGAACCUGGAGGACUUUUUCUUUCCGGGUUCGCGUGCUGUUGGGGACCGUGCCGGAGCGCUUGCGACUUUGCAGCCGUCUGCCCGCGAUUUGGGCAGUGACACCCAGGUGGGCGAUCUUGAUCGCCGAAUGUCACGGCUCACUCUUGAGUCACCGGCAGGGUCACGAGCGACCUCGUGCUCUACCGUGCGUAGAGACGCGUUCGAGCAGGGAUCACAACUGAUCCUCAUCGAAGAGCCAACUCCGCCGUUGAACGCGGCCGCGCGGACGUUCACACCGACUGCUCGUGCAUUCGUGCCUGCAGCGGUUACACCACCGCCCGCAAACACGCGCAGAUCAUCCAGUGCGUCGACUUUGGGCGGCCUUGGAGCGUCCCGUCAUGCCAGUAGAGCCGCGCUGCCGACUGCAGGCCGCUUUAAGUUUCACCUUCCCAAGUGAAUUGGCACGGUUCCCACCUUGGGAUAGAGGAGAUGGAGCUGACAUAUGAUUAAUAUCGGUGCUAUUUGGAGUAGCACAGAAGAUUUCCAUGGGAGCAUAUUCGUAAGACUAAGAGCGCGGCGGAAAGCGUUGUGAAGGGAUUUGCUAGUUGUUUCGAGAAGGCGUCUGGAGUCUGGAGGAGUUUGCUCAUCCGCAAUGGGAUCUUGGGUUCGGAUAUCAACCACUACUUGGCAGCAUGGGCUGCGUGAGUGUUCUUGCUUUAGGAUCUGCAGAGGCACUCGAUUGAGACAGAUGAAGAUGAUUCUUCGUUCUGAAUUAUAGCGAUGUCCAUUCUGACUC